GUUGUAGUCAAGUCUGAAUUUAUCCUUUUGUAAACUUCGUUUUCGUCCUUUAUUACAUUAUUGCCAAGAGUCGUUAGGCCAACGUUUAGGGCGCUUAAGAAGCCUGCACAUUUCAGAAAUUUCAUCCAGCGCAACUAUCCGCUAAACAACCGAAAAUCAAGUUUUACGUUACCUUUGAAUCCAUGAUCUAGGAUUUUACGUAAAAUAUGAAAUGAUUUUUCGCUCAUUCACCACAGUUGCUCAUAAACCUGUUUGGAGGCUCAAGCAGACAUUCUACCACCGCUUAUGGCAUGCUUUAACAGGAAAAAAAUGGGAUGAAUUUGACAAUCUACUAAGGAGGAUGAGGGAUCAAGGCCUUAACCACGACGAAGUGACUUACACACUCAAGGCUCAUUAUUACAUCCUAAAUCCACGUACUCCCGUUGAGAAUACAUACCUCGUUAUCGAGGAAAUGAAAAAGGCUCUGAUGCAUCCUUCAAUCAUACGAAUGAAUGAGAACAUCAUUAACUCAUAUUUUGAACUUGAGGAUAUCUCCUGUGAACCUCCAAAGUCCCAGUGGCAGAACUUUACCAAACUGAUAUGGCAAACAGCCCUCAAGUUGAAUAGACAAAGAAGGCAUGAUCUGAAACAGCAGUUGUUGCUAAAAGAUCCGAAUGAUGUCAUGAAAAUUACUCAAAAUGAUGUGCAAAUUAUGGCGCUCGACGAAUUCAACCAAGCUAUGAUUACACCCGCUCUUUCUGUAGAUGAAAUUUAUGACGAACCAAUUAGUGUAAAUGCAGAAAAAUACAGAGAACUCCCAGUAAAGAAACUAGACAUACAAUCGCAACAUAAUCUCGAGGAAUGCAACUACCCAGAAAUUGGAGAUCGUAGAGAUCUUCUGGAAGCUUAAUAAAUGUAAUCCAAAGCAUACUAGCAAACAAACUUAUGAAUGUAUUUUACAAUUAGUAAGGAAGUAUAAGUGGGCAAGAUGUAGACUCUACCGGCUUUGAUUACUAAG